AUGCCCCCGUCCAGCAACUUCAGCUACCAACCACUGGCCCAUGGUCAGGAGCAGAUCCGUAUCCUCCAGCUCUUACCCUCAGUAGACAAACAUGCGGAAGUCUCGGCCACGUUCCAAGUCGAAUCCGUCACCCAACCACAGCACCCGCCCCCGGAUUUCGAGGCGCUGUCGUACAUGUGGGGGGACCAGACCGACCGGGUGAUUAUAUCGCUCGACGGCCACGCCUUCUCCCUGUCCCGGCGACUGCGCGGCACGCUCCAGGACCUGCGCGAGGCGACCCGCCCGCGCCGCCUGUGGAUCGACGCCAUCUGCAUCAACCAGGCCGACGUCGAGGAGAGGAACCAGCAGGUCAAGCUGAUGAGGAUGAUCUACCAGCGCGCCAGGACGGUGCUGAUCUGGCUGGAUCGGCCCGUGCAUGUUGGGCACCCCGCGAUCCAGCAGCUGCAGCGCAUGAGCGACAAGUCAGAGGUCGCCGAGCUGGGCGACAAUCCCGACUUCUGGGAUCCCGUUUGCAAUCUCUUCAGGGACCCGUACUGGUCUCGGAUCUGGAUUCAGCAAGAGAUCAGCUUGGCCUCGGCCUUGCGGUUGUUCUGCCGCGAGACGGAGCUCAGUGUGUAUUCCCUGUACCACUUCCUGAGGAUUCUCCGUGAGCGGGCGACGGCGGAGGUGCUGCAACCGUCCAAGAUGCCCUGGUCGGCCAAGCAGCCCAGACUUAGCCUACCUCGGCGCUUCGGGCGUCCAGACUCCCAUCUCCAGCCCAGGGAGGGAACCACUUUCUCUGCCUCCCACAUGGAUCUCCUUCCGACCCUGUCGGCCACCAACAGACUUGGGUGCUCCGACGACAAAGAUCGCGUGUAUGGCGUCAUGUUCCUUGCCAGGUGCUGCGACGAAGAGGAUAUCAGGGUCGACUAUACCUUGACGGUUCCGGAGGUGUACACCGAGGUCGCCCGGUUCCUUCUGACCAAGUACCGGUCGACACGCUUCCUGCUGUACUCGAGCCCCGAUCAGGACCCGACCGCCAUCGCAGACAGGACGCCGUCGUGGGUUCCCGACUGGCGGUACCGGUCGCUAAGGCCAUGGGGCGCCGGGAGGCUGGCGUCUCUAGUAGCAGCAGUAGAUGCAGCAACAGCCAAACCUAAUGCUGGGUCACACGUCGCCGCUCCCGAGAUAUUGAACGGCGGCGUCCUGUCACUGCUCGCAAUCAAGGUGGACGCGGUGGCGAAGACCUACCACCAUCUGUUUAGGCGGGGUGUCCUUAGCAUGUCCCUGUCCGGGUUUGACGGAGCAUGUACCCUGAUCAUACGGGAUGCUAUUAAGCAGCAGCAGCAGCAAUCUUUUCCAAAGGGAGUUGAACCACCGGGAGACGACGACGUCAUCAUGUCAAAUAAUCCAGAAGAAGAAAAAGAAGAAGAAGAAGCCAGAGAGCCAUGGAAAGCUCUCAUGCGCACGCUCGGCGCCCUCGAUCACCGCGACAAAAACAGCCGCCUACGCUUUGAGCCCGGGCUGUACCGCGGAGCCUGGGAGCUCCUCAAUUAUUGGAAGGGGGCACGCACGGACAUUGACGCGACCACAUACCGGCUUGCGAACGCCAGGGAAGAUGGCGCGUGUCCGGAGUAUGCGAGACACUUUGUCUCAGUCGUCUGGAUGGUGUCGAUCAAGGGGUAUACUCCCUUCCUUAGCGUCGACGGCAGGAUGGGGCUGGCGCCUCCACGUGCGCGAGCCGACGACGAGAUAUGGCUUGUUCCCGGGUGCGAACUGCCCAUGUUGCUGCGGAGAUGCCCCGACGGGAAGUUUCUGGUUGUUGGGUGGGGGUAUGUGGACGGAGUCAACCUUUGGGAACCGGUUGGCGGGUUCAAGGCGAUGGAUGAGGUGGGAGAGGGCGAGAGGAUUGCAGGCUUUUCGGUUGAGCGUAUCCAGCUGCGGUAA